GGUACAAAAUUCUUCCAAGUGAGUGAGUACUGAUUCCCAAUUAAAUCCUUUACCUUUUUCACUACUCUCUCUUCUCUUCUUCUCCUAGCCAUGACCAUGAGAGACUUCUAGAGAGAGGAUCGAUCAUGAAGAACACAAUCCGGUGCUGCAUCUCUUGCAUUCUACCGUGCGGAGCACUGGACGUGAUCCGCAUAGUACACGCGAACGGCCGCGUGGAAGAGAUCAGUGGCACAAUCUGCGCGAGCGAGAUCAUGAAGGCACACCCAAAGCACGUGCUCAAGAAGCCAUCUUCACCGUCCGACGAUGAUCGCAUGGUCCCCAAAAUCGUUAUUCUACCUCCCGAUGCUCAACUUCAACGUGGAAAGAUCUAUUUCUUGAUGCCGGCCCCGGAAAAGGCCACCAAAUCAAGAUCGUCGAGGAAUAAGAAGCGAAGAGAUCAGGAAAAUAGUAAUAAUAAUAACGUAAUUCCGAUGUCGAACGCGGUUGUUUCCGACGAUCAGUAUUUGAGUGAAAUACUGUCGACGGAGAAGCUCUCUCCACAGAAGGAUCGGAGGAGAGGGCGUGUCGGUGUAUGGCGGCCUCAUUUAGAGAGCAUAUGUGAGUCACCAAAUGGAUCGUAACGGCUCUCCUUUACUUUUAAUUUUCAGUUACUUUUCUUGUUCUUCAUAUAUAAAUUCAUUUUGGAACUUCUUCUUCUCUUCUAUUAGGGUUCACAGCUUCCUAUAUAUAUAUAUCUGUUGGUUCUUUCUUUC